AUGUCGUCCAUGCGUAAUGCCGUCCAACGGCGCAACCACAAGGAGCGCGCGCAACCGCUCGAGCGACAGAAAUGGGGACUGCUGGAGAAGCACAAGGAUUACUCUCUGCGCGCGCGAGACCACAAUGAGAAGCGCAAGCGGCUCAAGAUCCUGCGCGAGAAGGCGAACGAUCGCAACCCGGACGAAUUCUCAUUCGGCAUGAUGUCGAGCAGUGUCGACCGGCGCACCGGCACGAAGAUCGGCGACCGUGGCAACUCGGCCCUUAGCGAAGACGUCGUCAAGCUGCUCAAGACGCAGGACGCCGGCUACAUUCGGACGAUGCUGUCGAAGGUGCGGAAGGAGAGAGCGAAGGUCGAGGAGGGUUUCAUGCUGGAUGAUGAGGAGGGUGAGAUCGAGGCGUUGAAGAGCAAGAGGACGGGGAAGGGGAAGCAUACGGUGUUCGUUGGUGAUAAGGAGGAGCAGAAGACCUUUGACGCGGAGGAGUGGUUUGGCGUGGAGGAUGAGAUGGACCUAGAGAAGACGUGGAAUCGGCCGAGAAAACAGACAAAGAAGCAAGCGGGCGGCGAGGAUCUUGAUGAAGUUGAAGGUCAACAGGAGAAUGACAACAAGUUGGACGAACGGGAGCAACGAGCAUGGGAAAAGAGGCGGGAGAAGGCGCAACAAGCACAGCGUCUGAAGGUAGAGGCGUUGAAGAGGAAGGAGAAGGACCUCAUGGCCGCGGAGAAGGAGCUCGAAGAGCAAAGAGCCCGGAUGAGCCACAAUGCUGGCGGCGUCAACAAGAACGGCGUCAAAUUCAAGGUCCGGGAACGCAAGCGCUGA